AUGGCUAAGAAAUCAGAAGAAUUAAACGUGGUAUCAUCUGAACCACUUGAUUCAAUUGAUGAUACCUCCAAGAAGGAUACUACUGUUUCAACUGAUGAUAAAGAAUCUACAACUACGUCAGAAGACAACAAACAAGAAAAGACUGAAGAAUCGAAACCAGAAGAAAAGAAAGAAGAAUCCAAACCAACAGAUACUACUUCAGAAACUAAACCAGAAACCAAGUCCGAGGCUAAAAUUGAGGCUAAGACUGAACCUAAAAAAGAUCGUAAGUCUGUAUCUUUUAAAAAGGAAAUUGAUUCAACUGAAGAAGUUCCAAUUAACGAAGAUGAACAAGAUGAAUCAGUGCCACCACCACAGCCGCCAAGACCAAAGGAUCCAACUCAAGAAAUCAUUGACGAUAUGAAACAAGCUUUCCCCAACAUUGAAGAGAAAUACAUUAUUGCCACUUUGAUUGCAUCUCAAGGAAACCCCGAUCCAGCUUUCAAUGCUUUGUUAUAUAUUUCUGACCCUACAUUUAAGCCUGAAAUACCAGUCUAUAAACCACCAGCUUUAGCCUCAUCAACAGGGCCAAUUGGUACUGGUGGCGGUGGUAGAAACCAAAAGGAAUUGACCGAUGACGAGUUGUUGGCUAGAAAGUUACAAAAGGAAUUUGAAUUGGAAGAUGAAAGAAACAGAAGAAAUAGAAGAAGAUCGUCUCAUGAAAGACAGAGAGUUGAACAGCAAAGACAAAGACAACACCGUAGGGGAGAUGAUGAUGACGAAUUGGAUGAUUCUCCUGAUGAAUUUGAACAAAUUAAGGAAACAUUUACUCAAGGACUUGAAGAAGCCAAGAGUACUUUGAAUGGGUGGGUAAGUAAUAUUGCCAAACGAUUUGAAGGAAAUAACGAUGGUAAUAACCCACAACAAAGAAGAAAUGACAAUCCAAAACUAUUUGGUGCCCUUGGUGGGUCAUCAUUCAAUGACAACAAGCGUAAAACUAAUAGAUUUGAUGAAGACCCAGAAAUUCUUAGUACUGAUUUCCACGAUAGGAUUAGAUUACAAGAUAACGACGACCAUGGUCCAUCAUUACCUAACAGACCUAAGGGUGAACUUCAAUCAGAUACUCCUACUUUGACUACCAGAGAAAAGGGAGCCACUGAUAAAAAGAAGUGGCAGCCAUUGGAGUCUGGAGUUUCUGCAGAUCCUGAUGCAUUCUUAGUUACUGACAGUGAAGACGAUGGUGAAGAUGUUGCAACUACAGACGCUACUAAAAACACCACAAUUAGCUCCACAAAAAAGUAA